AUAAAGAGGUUUAAAUUUUUCAAGACAAAAAAAAUCUUCAGUAGGGUUUUGCGUUUGCGGUAAGUCUGAGAGAGGGAGUUCCAAGUUGGUUUUUGGGGGAAAGAGAAAAUGGAGGAACCGCAAGAGCCAGGCCCAGGCGUGGGAGCUCCCUUUUCGUUCCCUCCUCAUCGCCGAUCACAUCUCAGGAGUGGAACUUACCGCAAUCUGGUUCGACUUAUAUCCCUUUGCUAUGGCGAUUCUCCACUAGCCACUGCCCCUCCCAUUAUUCCUCUUCCCCAAACACCGGAAAAUGGUAGUAACCAAGGUGAACCUGGUGGAGAUGAUGCCAGAGAUCCUGGUGGGUCGAUUGUCUUAGACAAUAGGGAGCCUGCAAAUAUGGUGGCUCAGGAAGGAAAGGCGGUUGAUGGAGGUUUUGAAGGUGCUGUUUUCCGGGACAGGGGAUUUAGUGACACACAAAUGGUAAUAGAUGAAAUUGAGCAGAUAAUGCAAGUAGAAGGUCAGGAUUUAUUGAAUCAAAAUGAUCUGAUGGUUAAUAGUGACAUGGAAGCCACUAGAUUUCGAGAUGGAGAGAUUGGUCGGGAACAAAUGCUAAUGACUGAGUUAGAAAACAUCAUGAAAGGAAAUGAAGAUUGUGAUAAGAGUAGUAACUGCUUGACUACAUCAUUUGACUGGAACGGGGGUGAUAAUUGUGUGGGCGUAUCAGUGACUAAUCAAGAAGAGCAUGAUGAUCAUCCACCUGUUGUUAUGGAAGAAUCUGGUACAGUUGGUCAACCACAAGUAGACAUGGAGGGUGGUAAUACAAAGAUUAUUGAAGCCUUUGGUUUUUCUUCAGACAAAAGCAUGACGGUUGAAGUUUCAAAAUCAAGUGAGAAGGUUGAAGAUCAGAGUUCCUUGUCGAAGACUAAUGCAACGUGUGAAAAAAUUGAAAUUCAGCAAAAAGAGAUGGAAUUGGAGAAGUUUGUUUGCUCUAAUGACAGACUGGCUUCUCCUGGUCAUAUGGUUGAAGAUGGAGAACUUGAAGAGGGAGAAAUUUUUGGCGACAUUCAGCUUGUCAAUGAUUCAGUUGAUACACUCUUAGACAAUGCUGUAGUAUCAGAAAAGAAGGUAGAGGAGAAGCAAGUUUCUGUAGGCGCCUUUGAUGAUAAACAUCUUCAUUGUAAUGAAGAAAGCAAAGAUGAUGAUAAAGAUCCUGAAUUUACUUCCUUUAAUACAAAUGUUGCUCGGAUUGCCAAUAGAGUCACAGAAGGAGAACUUGAAGGAAGUGAGAGAGAUCAGAUGGUGUUUGAACUUGGAACGACGCCCAGAAAGGAAGGUAGUGGAAAUAUCCAAAAGCAAAUUGGAAGCAGCAAUCAAGCAAUUAAAGCUAACAAGAAGAAGGAUGUUGGUGUCUGCAAUAAGAAAAAGCAGAGUCCAAUUCCUACAGAGAAGAAAGAAAAGAAAAAGAAAAAUAAACGAAAGAAACGAGCAGAGAGAAACCGACAGCUUGGUGUUAAAAGGUUGAAACUGCAGACAGUUCUGAAACCAAAAACUGUAACUUAUUGUCGCCAUUAUCUGAAGGGAAGAUGCUAUGAGGGCGAGAAGUGCAAAUACUCACAUGAUACGGUGCCUUUGACAAAAUCUCAGCCCUGCAGUCAUUUUGCACGUCACUCGUGCUUGAAAGGGGAUGAGUGUCCGUUUGAUCACCAGCUGUCCAAGUAUCCCUGUAUCAAUUAUAUGACCAAAGGCUUCUGUGGCAGAGGUGAUGAUUGUUUGUUUUCACACAAGAUGUCACCAGCGGGAGAUGGUGCAUCUUUAUCAAAUGCUCAUGAACUUCAACCGAAGCCAUCAUUACAGGGUGAUUCUGAUAUGAGACUGAAUAUCGGCAGAACUUCCCAUAAGAAUGUUGAUGCCUCAUCCUGUUCUGUAGGAGCUGUUUCUCAUAAAAGCAAAAAACAAAUUGUGGCAGAGACUCCAACUAAAACACCUGAUCUUGCAUGUAAAGGUGUCAACUCUCUUUUUGUUUCAAAAUCAUCUAUGGUUGAAUCAAGUAAACUUAAUCAAGGCAGCUCAUCUCAAAAGAUCAAUGAAAGUGGCAGAGUUGGGAUUCAAAGUAUUCAAAGCACAUUAGGUGUCAAUAGUCCUUUUGCUUCAAAGCCAUCUGUGGCUGAUUCAAGUAAGUUUAGCCAAGGUAGGUCAUCUCUGAAGAUGAACGAGAGUGGCAGACUUGGGAUUCAGGCCAAUCAAAGUGAAUUGGGCACAAUUCAAAAUGUGAAUGAUAGUCCAAAGAGAAAGACAGAAGUGGUACCGAGGGGUAUAAAUUUUCUAUCAUUUGGAAAAUCAUCAUUAGAGGAUUCCAAUAGCAAAGUUAGUUUUGCAUUAAAUAGGGCAGAUGGGUAUAAGCAACAUCCCAGUGAGAAUGAAGGCAAUAGAGGUAAACUCAGCAACCAGACAACCCAAAGUACAUCAAGUACAGAUCAAAAGAAAACUCAUCCAGUCCUGCUGCCUCCGGGAAUAAAUCUUCUCUCUUUGGGAAAACCGGGUAUCUCUGGAAGUGGCUUGCCUUGCAGUUCAGAUAAUGUUAACAAUGGAUCUCUUCAGAAGAGUAAUUAUGCAGCUGAUAAACAACAUAACUCAAGUGCAAUAUCAUCUAAGUUGUCAAUUUCUCCACAAACUUCAGGUCAAUUCUCAGAGUGGUUAGCACAUAAAAACGCACCAAAUUCAGCUCAGAAGUCGCUCAUUUCUACUCUAGCAGUUGCGAAAAAGUUUGAUAAUACCAAGGGUAGAUCUGUUCAUGAAAGCCAACAUAUGUCUGAUAAACAAUACAACUCUAAUGCAAACCCAUGGAAGAUGCCAGCUUCCUCGCUCGCUACAAGUCAAUCUUCAGAGAAGAUGACACCUAAAAACACACCAAACUCAGCUCAGAAGGCACUGAUGUCUACUCUAGCAGUUGCAGCAAAGCUUGAGUCUGGAAUGAUGAAAAAUCAGUCUCCUGUCAGUUCUGCGGUUAAUAGUGAAAUAAGGGAUGGCAGAAUUGGUGAAGGUUCAAAAACUGACUCAGCAAAAACUUCAAAGAUUUUGGAUAUUUUGUGUAGUCUUAGCAGCAAAAUAAAGCAUACAUGAUUGCUGACUUUAUAAUGGUUAAUAUGACUAAAGCAUUGGAAAAAAAUGGGAUUUAGUUUUGAGGGUUGGGGUGGGAUGAUGGAUACUGUUUACGUAAAUGAGAAUUGAUUAAAUCUUUUAAGAGAAAAGGCAGGUUAGUGGUGUCUGUAGUUCUGCCAUUAUAUAGCAUUCAUUUAUUUAUUUUCAGCACCAGUCAAGCAGUUGAAGCAUUUAAUAAGUUUCAUUAGUUUCUGCUGUCGAUUAACAGGGUAGAGGCCAACUGUUGAGCAUAAUAAUUCAUGGUCUGGGCGGGUUAUCAUCGCUGUGGCUUUACCAAUUAGAGGUGAAAUACUUCUUUUCCCUGGGAAUUUACGAGUCUUUAUCUUCCUACUUCUUACUCCAAAUCCUAAAUCUGGGAUGCUGCCAGUAAUAUUGCCAGGUGCUAAAACCAAUGAGAUUAGUUCUGGAAGUUAGCAGCUUAAGAAUCUCAAAUUUCGUUGAUCUGGGUUGACUAAAAUAUCUGUAACACCAGUGGUCAGGGGGCACUUAUACUUUGCUAAAUAGGAGUGAUGGAAAAAGGUGAGGGUGAAAAUUUUGAUAAUUUAAUGGUUAAAAUUUAUAAUCACUUUUCUAAUUUAUAACUCUAUCUUUUAGUAAAUAUGGAGUCAACCACUUCAUUCUGAAGGAAAACUAGGAAAGUUGCGGUAGGGAUCUCUUAUCAUUCAAUUUGAAUUUUUCCAGCGAAAGAAUAUCUUUAUUCUCUCUUGGCUUCAAGCCAGUGGUUUGCAGGUUCUCAAGAUCUUCAUAUAUUCUGAGCAGUUGAGACCAAAGAUGUAUUAUUGAAAUGGAAAGAUUUAGAA